UGACUCCUCUUUCAUACAAACGAUCUCAACGCUCUGCCUCGUGACGUCACAAGAGGAGCGUCAACCGCCCCAGCAGCGUCCGGGUUCGGUUUAAAGUGUCCGGGGCAGAGAGCAGCGCUGACGCCUCUCAGGUGGUCACGUUCCAGUCGCCAUGUCGACCACGUCGCAGAAGCACCGGGACUUUGUCGGCGAGCCUAUGGGAGACAAACCUGUGAUGGCGCUGUCGGGUAUCGGAGACACGCUGGGGAAGAAGCUGGAGGAGCAAGGCUUUGAUAAGGCCUCCGUGGUUCUGGGUCAGUUCUUGCUGCUGAAGAAGGACACAGAGAUGUUCACUGACUGGCUGAAGGACGCCACCGGCGCCAACUCUCGCCAGGCCGGAUCGUGCGCUCAGUGCCUGAAGGAGUGGUGCGACGCCUUCCUCUGAGACCCCGCCCCCUUUCCUGCUCCACCUGGUUCUGCUUCUGUUCUGCUCUCCGUCAGAACUGGUGUUCUCUGGAUUUCUGUGAGAGAGCUCGCGGCGGCGACGCGUGUUUUAUACCAAUGUUUGCAGUUCACAUGAAUAAAAGGUUUGAAUGUUUGAA